GAAGCGAAAAGGAAUCCGGAAGUUGUUUCCCCUUGGGCAGCUUUGUGCUUUUUGAUGGCUUCACUCUGAAGUAAGUUCCUUCUCAGAAAAUCACUACUGCAUUUUAGUUUCUAUUUUCGUUGUUUGUGUGGAUAUCUCAAGUAUGGAUCACUAGGUUAAUGUAGCUUAACUUCUUUAGAGUUAAAGACCCACAUCAUUCAGGUAUAUAUUACAGUACCAUCUAAUUCAUACGAGUGUCUCAAAAAACAAAAAUCUAAUUCAUACAAAAAACAUUGAGCAAUAUUUGUUGUUGAUAAGUAAAACAUGAUGGGACCGAAUAUUGGUAUGAUACAUAAUCCAUUUUGAGGUGAGCUAUUUAUAAUCAUUUUCCGAGUCCACAUGCAAGCAACCUUUUGGUGGGGGGCGUAUUCAGUGCAUUAAGGACCAUGGGUACAGUACUCUUUUAAUUCACAUCAAUAGUCACGAUUUUCUGUUUGGUAGAAAUCAUACGCAUACUUCUAAAAGGACUCUGCCUAUCAACUUCUGAAAAUUCAUAUACGACAUAUGUUAGGAUUAAGAAUUAAAAAAAUUGAAAGUUCUGAAAAAAUUCCAUCAUUUCCCCUUUUUUGCCUGUAAGCCUUUUGCUAAUGUUAUCACUGGGCUCCUUUUAGAGCCCUAGUUAGUGUGCUUCCAUCCAUGGGAAUAGCAUAGAAUCAUCAAUGAGCAGUUGCUGACUCACUAUUCUCCAGACAAAACGAAUGGUGUCAUUGCAUAUGCAAUGUUUUGACCAUGUGGGAUAGGGUGGUUAGCAAUCUCAAUUUCUCAAAAAGAGUAAAAUACUGUUUGCAAACAGAAGAUUCACAACCGCUCUUGAACACUGAGCCAGCUAUAUGCUGGAACGCAGAGAGAGGAGUGAAGAAUCCAUGAACUCAAACAAAAGUAGACACAGGAUGGAGAACAUACAGAGAACCAAGUAAACAAGACGGUGCAGCAUGUCGAUCAUGUCACACAUUUCGGUGGCAACAAAAGAUGGCCAUUUCUUGCAAGCUACUAGCGCUUUUAGAAGAGAAAAUGUUCAAAGGGAAACACGUAAGAGAGAGUAGAGGCAAGAUGCCAAGAUGUGGCCACUGCACCAGCAGGAUAUAUAUCAUCGCUGCAUUAUUAGGAUAUUUGAAACACACAACAUGUUGUGACCAUAACUAGAUGUCUGGAAAAUCUUGUUCGCAGAAUGUAGUCUUUUCGGUCCACGUCAGUCAUGUCGUGGCGUUCUUUUGGAGAACCAGGGAGGGUCUGGUCGUUUAUCAGCUUAUAAUAGUGUGUUGGGCAUCGUGCUGCCCAUGUGGGGACAAGUGUUGGUCACCCUGCAAUUAUAGCAAAUUCCAGCAGAAAGCCAUUUUCCCUGCCUGCCUGAAAAUGUAUAACAGAUGAUUGGAGUCACUGGAUGGGAUGGGACAUACUUCUUCAGCUGCCACGAGGCACCAUGUUCCUCUGAGAAAAACAGGGUGGAUCUGUUUGCAGCCAUUGUUAAUACCAUUUCUCUUCAAAAGAAGUCCCUGAAGCAUCGUUAGAGCCCGGUAAGUAAUUAAUUAGUGACUGUGUCAUGUUUCUGUAAGAAAUGGCCAUCUUUAGUCUCUCAGAAUAGAUCAGUACCGAAUCACUGAAGCAUCUUUUAGUUCUGUUCACAUCACUGUAGUAAUGAACAUCUGUAAUGCAAUUUUUAGAUUCAUUCUGUUUCAUCCAUCUAGCUGCACAUUGUGGAUGGUAUCUAGCAAUGUAACCCCAUUCCAUGUGGCCUCCACAUCAUCUAGUUAGUGAGACAAGAGGUGCAGAGGCAUAACAAUAAAAAGGCCCAGCCAAUCUCCUACACUACACUACACUACACUACCGUACAGUGUGUCAUGUCAGUAUACAACCCCAACAUGCAACAUGCAGUAGCCCAGGGGGGCUGUCUGUCUGCAUGCUGCAUCACAUGGCCACACUAAUCAAUCAUGCAUGCCCAUAUCAUUUGCUUUGCUUAAUCUUUCUCAUUUUAGCUCACUAAUCAACACCGCUUCCUGCGUGAUGACACAGCUAAGAUCUAAUCCUCACGCUUAAACAAUCAAGCAAGCAAGCAAGUUGGGCUGAAGAGAUCUAAACUUGUGGCCUGGUACUUGUAGCGGUGUUCAACUUUUUCGCUUUGACCCCAACCGCACGCACCUAAUCAAGAUUCUUGCGCUUGGUUAUAACCACUAAGCAGAACAUGCCUGUGAUAUUAUUCUAUCUCCCACAUGUGGUGUUAACUAGUAACCAGUGCCGAUUCCAGCUUGGCCAGACACUUCCCAUUGGCUCUGGGCAUCAUGUUGCCACAAUUAUAUGCUCAUGUUGCUAGUUAAUCUCUUGUCUGUGUAUUUUUUGCUGUCACAAGGGAUCUGGAUAGGUUGCAACUGGGAGUAGAAUAUGCGUCCCAACUGAUCGUCUGGUGCGAAAAUCGACGACCAAGAUCCACUUCAGCUUGGUAGUGACCUGUGAGAGAUCUGCGGUGGGAAGCGGCACGUGUCCGAUCCCUGAGCGCCGGUUCGUUUCUGAUUUUUGAUCCUGACCGUCGGUUGCCUGCCGGGACGGCCGAUUCUUUCCUCUUGGUGACAUAUAUCAUCUUUCUUUCUGAGGAGGAAGGAGAAAUAAUGGGGCACAUUGCUGAUCCUGCGGGCGCCGUAGUCGUGGGCUGCAAAGUGCUGCCCAUCUUCAACGAGAAUGGCAUUGUUGAUGGCGCGGUGAAGAAGAUCGUGCACAGGAUCGACGGGAAGAAGGCGGUCGCCCGGGUGAAGGAGCUACUCAAGUGGGCCGCCCAGGCCAGGCCGUACGGCAGCAGCAACGGCGUCAGUGGGAAGAAAUGGAAGCAGUUUCUGAGCUUCCAGGGAAGGGAUGGUGGUGGUGCUGCAGCACCGGUAUCAAAGUGCGACGAUGACGCGAGCUCCGGGUCCGGGUCCGGUGGCAAGCUGAGCUUCAAGUGGGAGGCGGGCAGCUGCUCGUCGGCGUCGUCGGUGCUGUACUCGCCGCUGUCGUUUGCGUCUGCGCCGGCCGGGAGGACGGAGCAGCAGACGCCGUCGAGGGGCAACGGGAACUACAACUACAGCUACAACGGGUACGCGUCGCGGCUGUCGUCGGUGAGCCAGAAGAGCUCGUCGUCGGAGGCGUGCCGGAUGGCGCAGUGGAUCACCACCGACUCAGACUUUGUGGUGCUGGAGCUAUAGCUGAAAAAUAAUACGCAUUGCUGAAGAUGGCAGCAGGAGGAGGAUGUUGAGAGGACACAAGAUUUGAGAAACUGGUGAUGACUCAUCAAGCUAGUUAAUUAGCUAGUGUUGUUAAUUAGUCUAGUUAGUUAGGGAGGGAGGGGGCUAAUUAUAAACAGUAGCAGAUGCAUGUGCUAUCUAUUCUAGACUGAUGAUGAGCAAUUACAGACAGACAGACAGAGAAGCAAUUACAGACAGACAGAGACCAAUGAUGCAUGAAGCAAUAUGGAGGGAAUGCAAUUACAGACAGACAGCUGAUGGAUGCAUUGCAUGAUGGAGCUGUCAAAUUAAGUUUAAGUGUAUAUAUGUGCGUGUCUUUUGUGAUUGAUAAAUAAUAAGUCCACGCAUACAUUUCUUUCUUUUUUCUUUUUGGAAGGGAAUAUAUGUGUUGUUAUCACCUCAC